AUGGUUAAUGGUCGGUGCGCUGCUUGCAAGUAUCUGAGAAGGAGAUGUCCUUCAGAUUGCGUAUUCGCUCCCUAUUUUCCCUCCAACAAUCCUCAAAGAUUUGAUUCUGUUCAUAGAAUCUACGGUGCCAGCAAUGUUGCCAAAAUGCUUGAGCCACUGACACCAUAUUUUCGAGCUCAAGCCGCCGAGACUUUAUGUUAUGAGGCUGAAAGUAGAAUACACGAUCCUGUGUAUGGCUGCGCUGCGAUUAUUUUCCAAUUACAGCAGCAAAUAUAUAACACAGAAUCUGAAUUAGCCAAAACACGUGCUGAGAUUGCAGUUAUUAGAUCUAAUGGAAAAGGAAAAGAACCAGAGGUUCAGCCGAGUACUGAUCAAGUUCAUGAUGGGUUUAGGGCCUGCCCUCAGAGUACCAUGAUGAGACACUUACUUCCCCCUGAAAUGGCUUCAUUAGAUGUAGUGCAGAAUAUGGUAAACAAUGAAGCUAUGGUUGUCUUUCCUCAACCGGUGGUCCCUUAUAGCUAUGCACAAGCUGCUGCAGGAACAUCAAAUGGCCUGGCUGCACGAUCUGAACCUCCUUUUUCAACCUGGACUGCUGUUUCUCGCUGGCGUGGUAGCGGUGCUGGGAAAGUCUUUGCUGGAAGAGGUGCUGGUAGUUCCACCAUGGGAAACCGCACUUUGCGCAUCAAUGAAGAAGGUAACAAUCAACCAAGGGAUAUGCGAGCUGUAAACAGAAAUGGCAGUGUGAUUGGCCUCUUUGAUCGUGAGAUUGACCAGUUCCAAGGUGCAAAUGAGGAAAUUAAUCUUGAUUUGGACUUGGCGGCUAACCACAACAGUAUGCUGCUUGAUCGAAACAAUAGUGAAGGCACUGAGGAGGACCAGUUUGUUGAAAAUGCUUUAAAGGACCCUAGCUAUGAUCUUUGA